UUACAAGAAAAGAUUAUUUGUAUGACAUUACAAGAAAUUCACAAAUAUAAUAUAUAAGGACAAGCUCAUAACAAUUCAAGAUCAAAGAGACAAGAGUAAAAAAGAUGUCUUCUUCAUCGAUUCAUCUCCAAAUCACAGUUUGGCUUCUAAUAAUCUCCCCUAUCGCUUACUCGAGAAUCUUUCCUACAACAAACCAAACACUCAUCUUACCUCUAACAACCCAAAACUCUUCUUCAUCCUUACUCUUCCAACGAAGUCGUCUCGUUUCUUCUCCAUCCAUCAAGGUUCCUUUCACAUACGAUGUCGCUCUCACCGUCUCUCUCACCGCCGGCUCACCUCCUCAAUCCAUCACGAUGGUUCUCGACACCGGAAGCGAGCUCUCGUGGCUAAAGUGCAAACAGUCCUCGACCUCCAUGUUCCACCACGUGAAAUCAUCUUCUUACUCUGCACUGCCAUGUUCUUCUCCCGUUUGUACCACCAAAACCCAAGAUUUCAGCCUUCCAGCCUCGUGUGACAAAAAGACUAAUCUCUGCCACGUGGUUGUCGGCUACGCCGAUGGUUCCACCGUGGAGGGGAACCUCGCUCAAGAUACGUUCACAAUCGGCUCGUCGACGACACGUGCUACGGCAUUCGGGUGCAUGGACGUGAUAUCAAGCGUGAGAGAGGAGGACGACAAAAGAACCGGUUUAAUGGGAAUGAACCGGGGUCGGUUAUCGUUUGUUAACCAAAUGGGUUUAUCUAAAUUCUCUUAUUGUAUCUCCGGUUCUGGCUCUACCGGUGUUUUGGUUCUGGGUGAAUCGAGUCUCCCUUCUCUUCCACCUCUCAAAUACACGCCUUUGGUUACUCUAACCGAUCGGUUACCUUAUUCUGACCGGUUCGCGUACACGGUCAACUUCGAAGGAAUUCGGGUCGGGUCGAAAUUGCUACCCAUCCCAAAAUCCGAUCUAAUGCGUGGUCAAUCCGGAUCCGGUCAGACAAUGCUGGAUUCCGGUACACAGUUCACAUUCCUGCGAGCUCCGGUUUACAAAGUCCUGAAAACAGAGUUUACCGAACAAACCAAAUCGGUUCUCACUGUUGACCCGAGUGUCGUGUUUGAAGAAGGAAUGGAACUCUGUUUCAGGGUCGGGUCAGCAAAGCCUGAUUUUUCGAAAUUACCCGCGGUGACGCUUAUGUUCGAAGGAGCAGAGCUGACCGUGUCGGGUCAGAAGCUAUUGUACCCGGUACCCGGAUCAGGAUCGAAGAAGUAUUGCUUCACGUUCGGCAACUCGGAGCCUGCGGGUAUAGAAUCGUUUAUAAUAGGGAAUCUUCAUCAACAAAACGUGUGGGUUGAGUAUGAUCUUGCUCAUAAAAAGAUUGGUUUUGCUAAUGGUGUCAAAUGUAAUCAAGCCAGUCAACAACUUCUUUAGAUCUCGAAAUUGAAAACUCGAGUUUUUUAACUAUGGAACAUGCUUCAUUGUUUUUUUUCUUUCUUUAAAGUGGUAUUUCUUAAAAUUUUGUAUUCAUUAAUCAUUUUGGUUAACGAAAACUAAACAGCAAAGGAUAAUGAUAGUGAACAUUUAUAUUUCAAA